CUGUCCUCGAGUGCGAGGGUCCCGCCACCCCCGUGAUUGGUCUGGCCAAUAUUUUGUUCCUGAAGGUAUAUCCCUGCCAAUCUGUUGGUCUCGUCUGUCGAUCUUUUGCCAUCUACCCAACGCACAAACGAUGUUAUAGUGGGAUCAGGUUUCAGCGGCCGGACAACACUCUGCUAUGGAAGCACGUCAGUGCUAAGAACACGUUGGAAGGCCGCCCAUCUCGCCACGUAAUCGAGCUGCGAGGCUAGACACACGUUGAUAUAUUUUCCCGUGAGAGCGGGUGGUUUCUCGUCAUGGAAGAUUUCGAUGAGGACGAUCGCUCCGUGGAGCUAUUAGCCAUCGCCGCCAUUUACCCUGAAAUCACGACGGACCCUUCUUUCCCAUUUCGGGCCUCUCUCGAUAUACCAGUCGUUCCGUCGUCUCCUCUACAGGUAUCUUUCCAGUCGCAGCCAGAGGCCGCUCUGCCUGCGGUGCUCACACCGCCCACAUCCCUCGACGCCAGUGACGCCGGUCUCGGCCUACCAACGAAAGAGAGGUUUGACCCUUCAGCCAUCAACGUUGCCAAAGAAAUCCACACUCUCUCCUACCUCCCGCCAUUGACUCUGGAGAUCGACCUCCCUCGCGGUUACCCAAGCGAGAUGCCUCCGAAAUUUCGGAUCAGCACCAAUCCACCAUGGCUGUCGCAAUCCCGCAUCGCCCAGCUCAUCGAUGAUGGACACCAGCUGUGGAAAGAUUGCGACAGGAAUCCGGUCAUCUACACAUAUAUCGAUCAUCUUCAGCAACUCGCCGAGACAGCGUUUGGGAUCGGCGAUAUACCCGAUGGUGAGGUCUUGCUGUCCCGGGACCUGAAGAUCGCAUUGUUGGAUUUCAACAACAAGGCCGAACGUGAAAAGUUCGAACACGAAACUUUUGAAUGCGGCGUCUGUCUGGAACCGAAAAAGGGCGUGAACUGCCAUCGCAUGCUUCUCUGCUCCCACGUGUUUUGCAUCCCUUGCCUUCAAGAUUUCUACAAUACCUGCAUCACAGAAGGCGAUGUUGAGAAUGUCAGAUGCAUGGCACCGGACUGCUCAAAAGGCUCGCAAGUGCAAGCUCCAGCGGUGCUAGACUUGGGAGAUGCGACUGCGAAGAAACGGAAGAAGCACGACCGGACUCUUAGUCCUAGUGAGCUACUACAGAUUCCCUUGGAACAAGAAACCGUUCAACGAUACGUAUUUCUGAAAAGGAAGAAGAAGCUUGAGGCCGAUAAGACUACCGUCUACUGCCCAAGGCAGUGGUGCCAGGGUGCUGCUCGAUCGAAGAGACAUCCCAAGCCCAUUGAUCCCAUGGGUGAUGAUUUUGACCUUUCAGAUGACGAAGAAACUGGAUUCGUGUUUGAUCCUCUUGGAGAUGAAUCACAGCUGCCCCCUAUGGCGGACCGAGUAGCGAUCUGCGAAGAAUGCAAUUAUGCGUUCUGCUGUGUCUGUAAAAAGGGUUGGCAUGGUGAACUUGUUCGAUGCUUUCCCCGACGCCAGGAAGAGCUAUCCGAGGAAGAGAAGGCGACCGAGGAGUAUCUUAAACUGUACACCUCGGCUUGCCCUACUUGCAAUGCCCCUUGCCAAAAACGAAUGGGCUGCAAUCACAUGAAGUGCUUCAAAUGUGACACUCAUUUCUGCUAUCUCUGUUCGGCCUGGCUGGCCGAAGGCAAUCCAUAUCGACAUUUCAACGAUCCCGAGAGCAUUUGUUACAAUCGACUCUGGGAUUUGGAAGGAGGUGAUGGGCUCAACCCGGACGGAGCAGAGGCGCUACACCAGAUCCCAGAUGCUUUGCUUGAAUUUGAUGAGGAAGAUGACGACAUCUCCGAAGACGAUAACGACUCUAUCGAUCACGAUGAUGAUUUCAGUGAGAAUGCCGAUGACAACCCCGUAUGGGAGUUUGACGACAGCGAUGAUGAUAUCGAACGUCGACAGCCACCCCCUCCCGCCCCGUUUCCUCCUCGUAUCAACGGGGCUGCUCGUGGCGCCCGCCACCAUGCCCCAGACGCAGCCGGCCGUGCUGCAGCUGCCGAGAGACAGGCGCAAGCACAAGCCAUGGCCGAAGUCCGUCGUGGCCGUCUUGAUGCCGUGCAACCCGUCCAGCAUCCCAUCCAGCGCCCUGUUCGAAAUCGAGCAGCCCAGCAGCCGCAGCCUCGAGCACCGCCAGUUAUGCGGCCAGGUCUGCAGAGAUUCCUUGACCUCGUGCAGAACGAUCGAGAAGAUGAAUGGGAUAGGAGAUCAAAAAAUGUUCCUUGAUUAUUAUGAGACCCGACGAAACCCGACAUGAUGAACGACCAUUUCACGAUGAUUUAAGAAAAAAAAAUUUUUGACACGAGUCACGAAAAGACCAAAAAGGAGUAAGAGCAUGGAUAAUAUGAUACACUUGGAUGUCUUUUCUUUUUUGAUAUUUUUGGACAACUGAUGAUGCUAUUUUUUUUAUUCGCCUAGCCCUGGCUUAGCAAUGUUCCAUCUAUCUAUCUCCUGAUUUUUUAGCGGUCAUUGUACAAUUUUCUCUCUAUUAUCAUUUUGCAGAUCGUGGCAUAUCAUUAUCAUCUCUUUAUUGGUUUCUGGAUGCUGUGUUUCUACCCU